AUGCAAAUCAAAAUAAAUCGUCGAUUUUUAAUUUUAUUUUUGUUUCUCUUCGUCAUUUAUCUAAUUUACAUAAUAGUGUUUGGCAUUGCCAACCGUCCAUUUAAUAAUUUCAUUAAUUCCAAGCAAUCUGGCGUUGAAACUUAUCGUGAUUGGAAUGACUACAAAUAUUUGGCAUAUGAAGAGACAAGAAUCGGUCCUGGUGAACGUGGUGAAGCUGUAACAUUGGCAGAACCCGAAGAAAUAAAAUUAAAUCAAGAAUCAAUCGAAAGAACUGGUUUUAGUGUGCUUGUGUCUGAUAAAAUAUCUGUGAACCGGACAAUCCCAAAAUUUGUACAUCCAGAUUGUCUUUAUAAAAAAUACUUUGCUGACCUGCCAAAGACUUCAGUUAUAAUAAUAUUUUAUAAUGAAGUUUUGAGUGUUUUGUUAAGGACUGUGCAUAGUGUUUAUAAUAGAACACCAAAGGAGUUGCUGCAUGAGAUUAUAUUAGUGAAUGAUGACAGUACUGAGGAAGAACUUGGGGAAACACUUAGGAAUUAUUUGAAUGAGAACUUUCCAAGGAAUUUGAUUAAAAUCAAAAAGCUCCCAACGAGAAGCGGCCUCAUCGUAGCAAGAAUGGAAGGAGCCAGAACAGCAACAGGAGAAGUUCUCGUAUUUUUCGACUCACAUAUUGAAGUUCAGAACAACUGGUUACCGCCACUCCUUCAACCUAUAGCAGAAAACAGGAAACUAGCUACAAUGCCAAUUCCUGAUUACUUCGACUGUCGUACAUUUGAACAUUAUCCAGGACAGGGAGAAAAUCAAGGCUUUCGAGGAGUCAUUGACUGGCAUUUGAAUUACUAUGAACUUCCUAAACUUAAAGAUGAUCUUGAAAAUCCUAUAAGGCCAUUUCCAAAUCCAAUCAUGCUCGGUUGUGGAUUUGCAAUUGACAGGAAAUACUUCGUUGAGGAACUUGGUGGAUAUGACGAAGAAAUGAAAAUUUGGAAUGGCGAGAAUUAUGAAUUAAGCUUCAAACUGUGGAUGUGUCGAGAUGGUCUGUUUACAGUUCCAUGCUCAAGAAUUUCUCACUCAUUUCGAGACAUAAAUCCAUCCAGAAAGAAUAAAGAAGAUUUUGUAGCAAGAAACUUUAAAAGACUUGCUGAGGUGUGGCUGGAUGAGUUUAAGACUUUGUUGUAUCAACGUGAGCCAAAUCGGUUUAAUAAUCUAGAUCCAGGUGACUUGACAAAGCCAAAGCAAAUUCGUGAACGACUUGAAUGUAAAUCUUACCGUUGGUUCCUUAAAAACAUCGCACCAGACAUGGUCGCAGCAUAUCCUCCAAUAAAUUAUGAUCAAGUUUUUGCCAGUGGAGCUAUUCAAAGUGUAGCAAAUCCCAGAAUGUGUCUAGACAACUUAGGAAAACUUUUUGACGAAAGAAUUGGUAUUUACGAAUGCAGCAAUGACUUGACAGAACCUGGAAACAAUCAGAAUUUUAGAUUUACAUUCUUUAAGGAUUUAAGACAAAACGUCGAUCAACAUAGUUACUGCCUGGAUGCUUAUAACUUGAAUUUGUAUGAGUGCAAUGAGGUUGAAACUGGCAAUCAGGUGUGGAAUUAUAAGAGGGAAACUCAAGAACUAUUAAGAAUUCCCGAUAACCGGCCAGAUGCAUCAGAUUGCAUUACAAUAGACCUCCAAAAUUCAACAAUCAAUCUCAAGGAAUGCAACGGAGACAUCAACCAAAAAUGGAUAUUUGCAUAUGUCAAUCACACGGCUUAUGAGAAAUUUGAUGAAACAUUUGGAUACAAAGGUAUGAUCAGUGCUGAUGACCUGUAGAUGUGAGCUUGACUUUAAAAUAAUAAAACAU